AUGACCUUAGAUGAAGUCAACGCCCUGGAGGACAUUCAGGACUAUUGGUACCAAAAAUUGCGACGAACACAUGGUCUUGAUGGAACUGAGCCACAGCCUCCGGAAAGCACCGAAGAUUUUAAUGAUAUAAGAACCCGACAGCCUGGAUAUCCAAAUGAGUUCUCACAUUCGAUGGAAUCCCACGACGCCGUCAAAUACCAAAAUGAGCAAGGCUGGGACGCCGAGCUCGAGGACGAGCAACUACACGAAGAUUCUUUCUUUAGCAGCUAUGAGGAGACUCCAGGCCUGUCGACUAGAGAUGGAGAUGGGCUGGGUAAUGGCUAUUACCGCCAACAACAUCAAUACCGCCAGGAACCAUACAGCCAGUCGGAUUACCACCAAGGUUACUCAGACCCACAGCCCUCUCAGACGGCUUAUGAAAGCGAGCUGAAUGGCAGUGACCUGUCACACCAUUAUCCUUUCUCAGUCACACCAGCAGGGAGCAACUCCCCUGAGAACGACCAGCAAGAUGAACCUGUAAUCUCCAACAUUACACUAUCUCCAGAGAACGAGGCUGUUGUCUCUUACGACGAUGGCUUUUCUGAUUCUGUUCCUGAGUUUUACAACUCUUAUCCCUAUUGGCAACAAUCACAGUCGACUCCAAAUUUUUACGACCGCCUGGAUCUCCAGCCGAACGAAAGCUGA